AUGACUCGAGAGCCCGUGUUCCUCUUGCCACGAAGACCUUGGCCUGUCAGCAUGCCCUUCGCUAUGUCCAGCUGCUGGAGAGUCCCGGACACGCUCAACCUUCCUGCUUCCAGCAUUAGCUCAGGCCCUUCCUUCUGCCAAGACCAGUUCGGGAUUCAGGGUCACUUCCAGGAGUCUCUUCUGUCUCUCCUCCUGGCAGGCGACCUGAGGAUCCUGCUGCCCCCCUCCUUCGAUGAGCACUCCCAGAACGAGUUACGGCUGUUGUUGGAUCAUUGUGGACAGUACAAACAAACUAUAGGGCUGGAUUUCUUUUUGAGAAGGAUAACGUUGCCAGGAAACCUGAAUGUUACUCUUCAAGUUUGGGAUCUAGGAGGACAGACAAUAGGAGGCAAGAUGUUGGAUAAAUAUAUCUAUGGAGCAGAGGGAAUCCUCUUGGUGUAUGAUAUUACAAAUUUUCAAAGCUUUGAGAAUUUAGAAGACUGGUAUUCUGUGGUGAAGAAAGUGAGCGAGGAGUCAGAAACUCAGCCACUGGUUGCCUUGGUGGGCAAUAAAAUUGAUUUGGAGCAUAUGCGAACUGUAAAACCUGAAAAACACUUAAGGUUUUGCCAGGAAAAUGGUUUUAGUAGCCACUUUGUCUCAGCAAAGACAGGAGACUCUGUCUUCCUGUGUUUUCAGAAAGUUGCUGCUGAAAUCCUUGGAAUCAAAUUAAACAAAGCAGAAAUAGAACAGUCACAGCAUAUUGUCAGGGCAGAAAUAGUGAAGUACCCGGAAGAAGAUAAUCGACAUACCAACUCUGCUCAGAGUAGAAUCUGUUCAGUACAGUAG